AUGGCUGAAGUGGACACAUGGUUCAAAAGGCAAUAUGACAUGAUCUCAUGCCUCAACGUGCUGGACCGCUGUGAUAAGCCAGUGAGCCUGCUCCGUCAGAUCAAAGCAGCACUGAAACCCAACGCUAAGGCUAUCAUUGCUAUUGUACUUCCUUUUAAACCAUAUGUGGAAACUGGGACAAAGGACAACAAACCGAGCGAGGAACUACCCAUAACUGGUAAAUAUUUUGAAGAUCAGGUGACGAGCGUUAUAGAAGAUGUCCUGGAAGUGGAAGGCUUCAAAGUGGAAGCUUGGACCAGACUGCCAUACCUCUGCCAGGGCGAUCUCAACCAGGCCUACUAUUGGCUCCACGAUGCUGUCUUCGUCGUCAGCCUCAACAAGUCUCUUGGGCAGUGA